GCUGUUGUACCGCAUUCCAGGCUGACGCAACUAGUUGAAACCUUCUGGCUUUGGCCUACGUAUUCAGGGCUACUUCUCUCAUACAAAUCACUUUGAUCUUAGCAAUGUCUUCGCGUUUGUCGUGUCGUGAAGAAGCUCAUGGAAGCGGGGCAGGUUCCGCCAUUGGAAAUGAGUUAUGAGACAUGACAGAGUUGAACGCAAUGCACUUGAUGCUCAAACCCGUCCGUCACCAACUCUUCGGCAGGUCCCAGCAAGCUGCAUGCCGUGUUCGCCGCCAUCUCUCAUCACAGGUAGCAUCCUGUGACCUGAUUCGUGAUCGCGGCUACGCAUCGACCUCGUAUAAAUACGUGUGCGUCUCGGUCCUGAAGACGCGGUCUUCAGCACCGUACCCCUAAUUAUGUUCACUGUGCGCGCUCUCUCAUUCUUGAGCGCAAUGCUCGCGGUGCACGGCGCCACCAUCGCUGAGCGGCAAAGCCAAGCAUGCUCAACCGUGCACUCCGGAUUGUUCAGCGGUUUCACUAACGAUACGAUUCACUUCGGACUGAAUGAGCAUCAUGAGGUUGUCACUGCCGACCAUGGUAUCGUGACGUCCUUCGGCGUCGACUUCCAGGCCUGCCCCGCUCUCGGCGGCCAAUUCCCCAACGCGGACAUCUUCCUCGGCCGCAUUGUCGUCCAACAAAGCUCCUUCGUAGGCCCCAACACCUGCCUCACCAUCGAAAACUUCCCCAGCGCCGAGCCUUGGCUCAUCAAAGCGCAGACGUGCGGGGACGCCACGACUCCACCCGCCAAGCAGGUGUGGAACAUCGGUUCGGACUUCGGCGAGACGAUCGGCUUCGCCGGUAGCGCGGACUGUUCAAGUCCCGGCGCGUUCUACGAAUCCGAUCCGGAGACGUCCGCACCUAUCACCACCAGCGCGGGUCUGAUCCAACUUGCCUGCGAGCCUACAAGCUCGUUCAACCUGGAGAGCUUGUCUCUUUCUUGAAAACUAUGGCCGUCGUGUACGCAUUCGUGGUCUCAUCGUAGCCCUCCCACAGGAUAUAAUCGCAUCGGCAUUAAGCGCGUCUGAACCAAGUAGUCGUUCGAUACUUCAUUCAGCCAUACUCAGUAGCACUAAAGAUGGGCCCAGCGCUCCAGCGCCCGUCUAUAAGCUUUGCAAGGAUCUGCCAUCUACGUCAAUUCGAGGUAACGAAGCGGAGUGCCGAACACCACUCAAAGUACUCUACACUGAAACGCGACGAACACAGGAAUGUCA